AUGACCAGCAUCCUGCAUGAGCAGAUCGACCUCAAGCAAACCUCGCCCAACACUUAUACUGCAUCCUGGGAUGUCGACUGGACUCUCGGCACGACUCUGAUGGGCGGGUGCGUCGCCGCCCAGAUUCACCGGGCGGCGGCAACGCAUCUCCAGAAUGAUCCAGCGCUAGUAGCGCGCAACCAGCCCGAUGUGCUGAGUAUGCAUCUCGAGUACCUCCGCCCCUGCGAGCGAUGUAUUAGCACCAUUACCGUUAUUACGCUAAAAAUUGGCGCUGCGACGAGUACUAUCCAAUUGCAGCUGUCUCAGCACGGUAAGACCAAAGUCAUGGCGCUAGUCAAUUCGACCAACUUUGAUAAGGCGGUCGGCCCCACCGCCACGACAGCUUGGUCCCUGCAGCCGCCUCCGCCCCCUAAGCCGGACUUCCAGCGGGUGUUCGCCCACCAACCAGAUGAGAACUGGCUCCCGGGGCGCCUCGCCGGCGAGAUCAUCCCUGUAAGCCGCCGUAUUUUGGGCUUAUUUCCCCGCGCCGGCUUCCCUGUGCCUGGAGUCUGUGAUGCUUGGAACAGCUUCCUUGGAGAUGAGCGCAUGGACGCUACCUAUCUGGCUAUGAUGGCGGAUGUCAUCCCCUCCUUGUCCGACACGCUCCUGCGCCAUGGCGGCUUAUACGACGCGCACGUUUUCUGGGAGAAGAUGAAGAUAUGGGCAGAGGAGAACCCGGGUAUCCCUAUUGUAAUGACCAAUACGAUUGCUGAGGCAAUGCAAUCACCCACAUUCAAUGUCACCGUUACUAUGGAUAUUGAGUUUAAGCGAAGGCUCCCUAAGGACGGACAGCGGUCGAUCUUCUCAAGAGCCGCUACCAAGAUGUUGCAGGACGGAAGAAUGGACCUCGACGUCACCAUGUGCAAUGAGCAGAUGGAGCUGCUCUGCACAGCGCAUCAGCUCAUCCUGGUUCUCGAAGCGCAGAGGAAAUUCAAUGGUAAAAACGCAAAGCCAACGCUCUAA